AGGUAGGCCGUGUAGCCGCCACCGCAGCGUGCGAUCGCCUCCGUCCUCGCUGCCUGCAGCGGAAGAGAACGGUACGCUCGCGGGGGGCUUGCGAUUUUCGAAUUGAACAAGAGCGCGAAGGAGCGAGAGAGAAAGAAAGAAGACGGGUGGGAGGAAGGGAGAGAGUGAUAGAUUCGAAGGUGCAGGCGGGCGGGUCCUGCCAAAGUGUCGUCGCCUGACGCAAAGAGGAUUGUGUACUCGUAGUGAACCUCGUGGUCCAGGAUCAAAUCCAGUCAGUCAAGCAGCCAGCCAGCCAGCCACUCAUCGGUCGCCAUCUUGCUGCUCGCCGAGAGAACCAGGAGAGAACGGUGACAGACAGACCCGCUAUCGGCGCGCGACGAGGUGAGAGAGAAAGAGCGAGAGCGAUUGUGACAGUGGGGAAGGAGGGGAAAGAGAGAAGGAGACAGAUAUAGAUAGACGACGGUUCCUUCAUGCGGUACGCGCCUAUGCCAACCCGUCGCCUAUGUCUCGCUCCACGUACAAUCGCAGCCGAGGAUAGUCGGAAGCAGCGGAGGAUAGCCUAAGAAGAGGAGGCGGAGGAGGAGGUGGUGGUGGUGGUGAAGAGUAUCGGCCGCGCUGAUACUACCAGUCGAGUGCUAAGUACACACUUACCACACGUACACAGACAAAGGCGCGCGCGCACACGCACGCACCUUCGUCAUCGUCGUCGUCGUCGUUGUCGUCGUCGUCGUCGUCGUCGUCGUCGUCUCACCGUCGCCUCCACUCGCAAUGGCAAUGGAGACGCCGAGGGAGCGAGAGAUCGCUGCCGAGGACAGCAUCAAGGUGGUCUGCAGGUUCCGGCCACUCAAUGACUCCGAGGAGAAGGCCGGCUCCAAGUUCAUCGUCAAGUUCCCAUCCGGCAACGACGACAACUGCAUCUCCAUCGGGGGCAAAGUAUACCUCUUUGAUAAAGUAUUUAAACCGAAUGCUACACAAGACAAAGUCUACAAUGAAGCCGCAAAAUCUAUCGUCACAGAUGUUCUGGCAGGAUAUAACGGAACCAUUUUUGCAUAUGGUCAAACAUCGUCAGGUAAAACGCACACAAUGGAGGGAGUCAUUGGCGAUCCGAACAAACAGGGAAUUAUUCCACGAAUUGUCAAUGACAUCUUCAAUCAUAUCUAUGGCAUGGAGGAGAACUUGGAAUUUCAUAUCAAAGUGUCAUACUUUGAGAUUUACAUGGAUAAAAUCAGGGAUCUUCUCGAUGUGUCUAAGGUUAAUUUAAGCGUACACGAAGACAAGAACCGCGUGCCGUUCGUGAAAGGUGCGACCGAGCGGUUUGUUUCUAGUCCUGAGGAGGUGUUCGAAGUGAUAGAGGAAGGGAAGUCAAACCGGCACAUCGCCGUGACCAACAUGAACGAGCACAGCUCACGUUCCCAUUCCGUUUUCCUUAUAAAUGUUAAACAAGAGAAUUUGGAGAAUCAAAAGAAGCUUUCCGGCAAAUUGUACCUUGUCGAUUUAGCCGGUUCCGAAAAGGUUUCUAAGACCGGUGCAGAAGGAACGGUGCUAGAUGAAGCGAAGAACAUUAACAAAUCUCUGUCUGCACUUGGUAAUGUAAUCUCGGCCUUGGCUGACGGCAAUAAGACUCACAUUCCUUAUCGUGACUCCAAGCUAACGAGAAUUUUGCAAGAAUCCUUGGGUGGCAACGCCAGGACCACGAUUAUCAUCUGUUGCUCUCCCGCUAGUUUCAACGAAUCCGAAACGAAAUCAACUUUAGAUUUUGGUAAACGCGCUAAGACUAUUAAGAACGUCGUAUGCGUGAACGAAGAAUUGACGGCCGAAGAAUGGAAACGUCGAUACGAACGCGAGAAGGAGAAAGUGGCGAGAUGGAAGGGCAAAGUGGACAAAUUGGAGGCAGAAUUGUCGCGUUGGCGGCAGGGUGAGACUGUCAAACCCGAGGAGCAGGUCAGCCUUAUUGAGGGACCGGAUGUUACCACACCGAUUACCGCACCCAUUGAAGCCAAACUGGACGACAAGAUCAACAGUCCGAUGCCUGCUACUCCUGGCGGCGGUCUCAUGAUCGGUUCCCUCUCGAACGAGGAGAGGCAGAAGCUCGAGGAGGAACGCGAAAGACUGUAUCAACAGUUGGAUGAUAAGGAUGAGGAAAUCAAUCAGCAGUCGCAGUACGUCGAGAAGUUGAAGGAGCAGAUGGAUGAACAGGAGGAACUUAUCGCCAGCGCGAGGCGAGAUUACGAACAAUUACAACAGGAGAUGAACCGAAUACAGCAGGAGAACGAGAGUGCUAAGGAGGAAGUGAAAGAGGUGUUGCAAGCACUGGAAGAACUUGCAGUCAAUUACGAUCAAAAGUCGCAAGAGGUUGAGCUGAAAAACAAGGAACAGGAAUCAAUGACGGAAGAGCUUCUGUCUAAACAAGUAGCUCUGAACAACACUGCAUCCGAAUUGCAACAAUUACGUGACAUGUCGGCCCAUCAAAGAAAACGCAUUGCGGAGAUGUUAGCAAAUUUCCUAAAAGACUUGGGGGAGAUUGGUGUAGCUAUCGGUGGCGAGUCUAACGAAAAUCUAAAGAUUGCUCCGCCGGAGAGCAACGGUAAACUGGAGGAGGAGUUCACGGUAGCGCGGUUGUUCAUCAGCAAGAUGAAGUCCGAGGUGAAGAAUUUAGUCCAGCGAUGUCAGGGAUUAGAAAGCUUCCAAACAGACUGCAACAAGAAAGUUUCCGAAUAUGAGAAGGACUUGGCUGAAUGCCGGCUGUUAAUCUCGCAACACGAGGCACGCAUGCAAACGCUGACGGAAUCGAUGAAGGAGGCCGAGACGCGCAAGCGAGCCUUGGAGGAAGACGUAGACGCGUUGCGCGAGGAAUGCGCCAAGUUGAAGGCCGCUGAACAAGUACAGGCGGUCACCAACAAGGAGAAGGCCGAGGAGAAAGAGGCGGCGACGAAGAUGCGUGUGGCCUUAGAGGAGCAGAUGGAUCAGCUGAGGGAUGCGCAUCAAAAACAGGUUGCCGCGCUUAGGGACGAACUUUCCGAGAAGCAGGAGCUAAUCAGCGAGCUCAAAGAUCUCAAUCAGAAGUUUACUCUGGCGCACCAACAAAUGCAGGCCGAUUACGAACGGCUGAAGCAAGAGGAGGCUAAUAAAUCGGUCAAGCUGCAGGAGCUUUUGCUAUUGAACGAGCGCCGAGAACAAGCAAGAAAAGAUCUCAAAGGUUUGGAAGAUACGGUAGCCAAAGAACUGCAGACCUUGCACAAUCUACGCAAAUUGUUCGUUCAGGACCUGCAGGCUAGAAUAAAGAAGACUAUUAAUGCAGAGGAUAAUGAGGAUGAUGGUGGUUCUCUCGCGCAAAAACAGAAGAUAUCUUUCUUGGAGAAUAACCUAGACCAACUGACGAAGGUGCACAAACAACUCGUCAGAGAUAACGCAGAUCUCCGCUGCGAGCUGCCUAAACUAGAGAAACGAUUGCGGGCGACGAUGGAACGUGUCAAGGCUCUGGAGACAGCGCUGCGCGACGCCAAGGAGGGCGCGAUGCGAGAUCGCAAGCGCUAUCAAUACGAGGUGGACCGGAUCAAGGAGGCGGUCCGACAAAAGAAUCUGGCGCGACGCGGGCCGAGCGCGCAGAUCGCGAAGCCGAUUCGGGCCGGUCAGCACCACCUGAGUAACGUCAAUGCCAUCAGAACCGGCAAUCGUGAUAUGGGUAACAGCGUACAGUGAUCGUGAUCGCAUAAUGCCAAAAUACCCUUCACUUUUACAGAAAACGAAUGCAAGAACGCUUUCAUCGAUGAAAACAAAAGAAUUCCAGCGGCUCUUAUGUAUAACGGAUAUGCAUAAAUGUUACAAUUAUUAUUAUAAAGUAAGGGCAUAGUACUAUAUUAUCCGCAAGGAGAGAGCACCGCCAGUUCUUUUAAUUGUUUCUUUCCUCUUUUUCUCAGAGCAAGCAUGUGCUUAGGUAUAUAUAAGAUAAGUGCAUUAAAUAAAUUAUAUACAUGUACAUGUAUAUACGACACCUAUGAGACAUAUAUGUAUGUACAUGUGUAUGUCACAAGUGCUGCAUGUCCUGUCGAUGUAAAUAGUUAAUUUUUAUAAAUUAUUUAAUUUAAUGUCAUAUAUAAAUAUAUAGAUAUAUAUAUUUGCAUGAUAAUAAUUCGAUUAUAGAUAUUGAAUUGUAUGUCUGAAACGCGUACGAAUUACACGGAGGAGUCUCUUGCCACUCCCACGAAAUAAUUUAUACUUUAGUGUUUUCUAUUUAAAUCGCACUCAGUCUAAAAACUGAGAAUCAAGAAAAACUCUUGCCGCAAUCUUACGAGUUCGUAGUGAGGAUCGCGUGAUCACGUCGAUCAGGAUCCUCGAGGAUCUCGGGAAAGAGGCAACGAAGACUUAACGCAUUUAGUUCAAAUACUAAUUAAUUCACUAAUUGAGAAGACGAUCGGACAUGCGGCUUCGAGCGAGUGUAAAGAUGAUCGCGGCUUACACAAGUAUUCGUAAUUGUAAGAAAUCUCUCUGCUAGCUGAUAAAAAUACCUCGCAAUAAGAGCGCACGGUGAAAACUUGUGUCCACUCGUCGCUAAAGAACUUACGAUCGUGAAACAAAUUAAACAGAUAACGUAAUGUAUUGUACGUCCCUAGAUGCUCAAUAUUAUUGAUUGUCUGAACGCUAUGUCGAAAGUUUGUACACUAUAUUGUGCAAUUUGUUUCCUAAUUUUGCUCAGACGUUGAUUAACUCUUGUUAUAAAUUUUGUUGAACGCAGUCGCUACAUGCUUCUGAUAACAAUUAAAUAAAGUCAGACAUUAAGCUCAUAAUAUACAGAAGAAAACAGUUCAUAUUUAUGUUAAAAUUUUUGUGUUGAAAUCUAUCCAUAUUGUGUCAGAUCCCAAAUUUGUGCGAUGAUUCUUAAACUGGAACGAUAUAUAUAGAUACUGUUUCGUGCUGAUGCUUGAUGCUUGAUGCUUGUUCUCAGAGUUAAGAUAAAUAACGUGAUCAGAAAUAACCAUUCAGUUUUAUUAAUUGACGUUAAAUCUAAUAAAGUCUAUUAACGAUAAAAAUACACCCUCAUAUGUAACGUUUCAAAGAAAUACAUUUCGAUUGACACGAUAUAUUGUACAAAUCCUCAACUUAGCCUGCAAUUGAUUAAUAAUAUUGAGCGAUUAGAAGGAAUCAAUCGUGGAAGUGAAAUUGAUAUUGUUUAGAGAUCCUCCAAUCAAAAUCUGACUACAAGGCGAUUUCCUGACGAGAUCCUGAGAGAAAGAGGGGGGGGGGAGGUAUACAUUCAUUAACUCUUUAUCUCAUUUCCUUCCUCUUCUAUCUUUGUCUUAUCUUUUUCUCUGUCUCAGGGGUUGGCAAAACAUGUCAAUCAAUCAAAACUGGCUGUCUCGCUGGCCAGAUUCUGAUUGCAGUAUCUUUACCGGGAAGAACGGCAUUGUGGAAGUAUCUAAGAAUUUAGCUAGAUGCAUCCGACUAAAUUUUUAGACACUUCCACAAAACCAUUCUUUCCAUAUAAAUUUUGUCCGAGCGCGAAAGAUGACAAUUCGAACCGAGUUCUAGCGUUGUGGGUAUCGAGACCAAGAGCCCGCCAGUGCGCAUUCUUGCCGAAGGGCACGCUUGAUCCCCGGUCAAGCGAGGAAUUGCCUCUCCAGAGCUCUCGCGUCACGGCGGCCGGUCCGCGUGCGGUCUCAGUGCGAGGAAAAUUCACAAGGACCUACUCCGCGACAGGAAAGUAGAGCGAUUUGAACCAUCUAUAUUAUGCGUAUACAGCGUACAGCUCGCCGACCAUUUCUCUCGCGUGCGUCUAAUUUAGAUUAAUUUAUCUCCGAUACGCUCCUUUUGCUGCUCCCUGGCGACCAUCGAGCGACGAGAAGAUGCCUCGGCCUUCCUCCGGCGAGCCUCUCGGACUUUCUUCUUCCUCGCUUCUUCCGACUACGAGUGAGCGGUGAAACCCUUUGUGAAAUCUACUUGUCGCGUGUCUUGAAAAGAAGGAAAGAAGAGGAAGAAAGGAAAGUGGAGGAAACUCUUCGUCGGAGUUUCGCGCUCACGCGUUUCUCAUUCGCGGCGUCAUUGAUCCUUUUCGAGAGCUCCUCACUUUUUUCUUGUUAAACUUAGAGUUCAGUUCUCUCGCGAUCGUUAUUUUCUACGCUCUUUUUUCCGCCCAAUUUUACACACGAAAUAUUGUACGUCUCUUUAUAAAUCUGUUUUACAAGGCUUCUCUAUAUAUGAUUGCGCGCUCUUGAGAUAGCCGUAUCGUUGCUAAUUUAUAAAUCGCGAUAAGAUACGAAUCGCCCGACUACGCGAAUGGCCCGGGCCGACGCUGACGAUGGCCUUUCACGGCACUCGUGCAUUUCCCCGUUACUCCGCGAUAUCCUGCGUUUAUUGUCGCUCUCACAAUCGCGCGCAUAAUCGAUGCGUAAUCUGCCUCCGUCGCGAGCGAGAGAGCCUAUUUAUUAAGAUACAAAUACGUUUUUCGAUCCUCCUCGGACGCGAAAAUUCUCAGAUCUGUGCUAAACUUGUGAGAGCGCUCGCGGGAUUUGUUUAACGAUAAUGAGUAGAGGUUGCACCUUCGUGGUAGCUUUUUCGUGGAGCACGGGGAAGCGAGUAAUGUAAAGUAAACGCGACUCGAAAAGAAGUAUUCGACUAAUACUUGUAUUCUUUUCUAUCACACACCAUCUCCAGGUUCUCUCUUAACUUUUGUGAUAUAUAACUGUAUCGAGGACGACGAAGUUGCGUUCUUUUUUUUUUUCAUCCCUCUUUGCUCUUACGUGGGCGAAGACGGCCGACAAGCGUGUGGUGCAUUAAUGCGAGUGCAAUUAUCGUUAAGCUAUUUUUGUCGGGUAUAUGUAAAUAUACGAAAUAUACAUAUAUAUAUAUACAAUACAAUGUAACGUGUCACGUUAGUUUCGCGAACGGAACGAUAGAAAGGAGAGGGUACGUUCCCCUCCGUGGUGAAAGAAAGAAGGCAAGCAUACGUUCUAUGCACGAUUGUAUUUAUCGCAGAUAUAAUACACACACACUUAUAAUGUUAAUGUUUCUCUCUUCGACGCGCGUCCCUCUUUAGACGCCGAUGAAUGUAUUUCUCUCCUCUCUGUUCCCAAACCGCCUUCCCAAUUGUGUUGCGCUGAAAAUUGUAAUCCGCGAGUUUCCCUUUUUCCUGCCGAUUAAUUAAAUUAAUCAUCAGCUUCGACAAAACAAUUGUAAUUCCGCGACCGUCGAGAUUUUCGACCCCUUCCCCUCCCCCCAUCCCUUUUCGCGACGUAAUUGAGAAGCUAAAAAGAGAUUACGUAAGAAAAUCGUGUAAGAAAUCGCUAUACCGAUCUUUGUGAUAGAUGAUAACAAUCCCUCAUAAGCGCAACAGCAACGAUCGAUUCUUAUUAUUAAUGAUGUAUGUGUAAUGUAUCGAAUAACGUUCGCCGACGUGCGCGGAGCGCAGACAGAGCUAUUGGUAUAUUAUUUUCGUAACGUCUCCGGUGUGUCUGAGUAAAGAAAGAAAAAGAUAAUGUUAAAAUAAUGCUACACUACACACUUAUAUUCGCAGUCAAGUAGGCGAGAUUAUAACGAUUUAUGUGCACGCAGCCAUCCAGUCACUGUUAAAGAGGAGGUCGAUCUACAACCGCUAAAUCCCUUCGUCUCGACGACGAGCGAAGAGCGCCUUCUUCGUUUCUUUAUCGCGAUCUUUCGGAGGGAAAGAGGAAAAAAAAUAGGAUCUCCCGUUCCGUUGUUUCGAGAGAUCCGAUCUCACAGAGAGAAUCUCAGCGAGCAAAGAACGUAAUAACGGAGUUCUCCGACGACUUUUGUGUAACGAUCUUAUUUUUUCGUCGUGCGAGAAUGCUUUUCGCAUCAGCGAGAUCGAGUUCAGAUCUACCUCAUCUGAAACAGCAAAGUAGCGAAAGUGAGAUAAAAAGAAAACCGUGAAAAAAAGAAACGCAUAGCUGCAAUUCUAAACAAUUUUUUUUCUAGACAUUAGGUGGUAGUAAAUUUGUAUGCAGGGUGUAGAAGAGAGGCUGUAGCUACAAGGUACUAUAUAAAUUGUAAUACAAUAUUCUUCUCGGAUUAAAACUGUAAUUUUAAGGUGAUAUCGUUAUACUAUUAUCAUUAUUCAAUUAUCGAAACGAGACAAUGCUUAUAUUGAAGAAAGAACAAGGAAAAUCACACGUCUGUAUUCACUUAUUUAUUUAUUGUCGCACCGCAUAUUGUCCCGGCGAAGUAAUCUCCGAAAGAAAUAUAUUUAUAAGGUAAUAAUAAAAAAAAAUAUAUUAUA